AUGGUUUUGUACACGACCCCCUUUUCCAAUAGCUGUCUGUCUGCCCUGCACGCCGUGUCCUGGUGCCUCAUCUUCCCAUGCUACUGGCUGCUGGACCAGCUCCUGGCCUUGUUCACGCCCGCGCCCUGCCAGAAGAACCAGCUUCUCUGCAUCGUGCUCUUCAUGCCCAUCUACCUGGGCUUCCUGGUCACCUCGCUGCCCUUCGCGUUCCUUGGCUUCCUCUUCUGGUGCCCGCUGCAGUGUGCCCGUAGGCCCUACGUCUACUCCCGGCUGGAGGACAAGGGCCCGGCAGGCGGGGCGGCCCUACUCCGCGAAUGGAAGGGUACGGGUCCCGGCAGGAGCUUCUGCUUUGCCACCGCCAACGUCUGCCUCCUCCCCGAGUCGCUGGCCAGGCACAACAACGUGUAUAAGACCCAAGUGCGGGCCAAAGAGAUCGGGCACCGAAUCCGCAAUGGGGCCGGCCGGCCCCAGAUAAAAAUCUACAUCGACUCGCCCACCAAUACCUCCAUCAGCGCGGCCAGCUUCAGCAGCCUGGUGUCGCCGCAGGGCGAUGGCACGGCCCGGGCCGUCCCUGGGAGCAUUAAGAGGACGGCCUCCGUGGACUACAAGGGCCACAGCGGGCGUCACCCCGGCGACGAGGCUGCCAACGGCCCGGCUUCCGGGGACCCCAUGGACUGCGGCGGCCUGGAGAACGCCUGCAUCGUGCGCAUCGCUGGCGAGGAGGGAGGCCGGCACCCCGAGGCCCCGGACCCUGCCGCCGGGGACCAGGCCAGGAAUGGGGCCGGCGGGGCCUCGCGGGGCCAGACGCCCAACCACAGCCGGCGGGACGGGGACUCGGGGAGCCUGGGCAGCCGCUCUGCUUCCAAGGAGUCGCUGGUGAAGGCGCGCGCCGGGCUGGACAGCGGUGGCAGCGGGGAGCCGGGCGCCACCCACGGCAAGGCCCCGCACAAGGCCUCGGUGGUGAAGAAGGUGGCCGCCCGCAAGCGGCGGCACCCGGACGAGGCCUUCGACCAUGAGAUCUCGGCCUUCUUCCCCGCCAACCUGGACUUCCUGUGUCUGCAGGAGGUGUUCGACAAGCGGGCGGCCACCAAGUUGAAAAACCAGCUGCACGGCUACUUUGAGUACAUCGUGUACGACGUCGGGGUCUACGGCUGCCAAGGCUGCUGCUGCUGCCGCCGCUGCUGCGAGGCCCACUGCUGCUUCAAGUGUUUCAACAGCGGCCUCUUCUUCGCCAGCCGCUACCCCAUCAUGGAUGCCGCCUAUCACUGUUACACCAACGGGAAGGGCGUCGACAGCCUGGCCUCAAAGGGAGCACUGUUUCUCAAGGUGCAGGUGGGAAGCACACCUCAGGACCAAAGAAUUGUCGGGUACAUCACCUGUACACACCUGCACGCCCCGGAAGAAGACAGCGCCAUCCGGUGCGAGCAGCUGGACAUGCUUCUGGAAUGGCUGGCCGAUUUCCGAAAAUCUACCUCCUCGUCCAGCACAGCCAACCCCGAGGAGCUGGUGGCGUUUGACGUCGUCUGCGGAGAUCUGAACUUUGACAACUGCUCCUCCGACGACAAGUUGGAGCAGCAGCACUCCCUGUUUACACGCUACAAGGACCCCUGCCGCCUGGGGCCUGGCGAGGAGAAGCCAUGGGCAAUCGGUACCAUGCUGGACCAGGAUGGCAUAAACGAUGAGGAUGUGAGCUCCCCUGAAAACCUACAAAAGGUCUUGGAGAGCGAGGAGGGACGCCGGGAAUACCUCGCCUUCCCCAUCAGCAAGACCUCGGGGGCGGGCCAGAAGGGACGCAAGGAUGUGCUGAAGGGCAACGGCAGGCGCAUCGACUACAUGCUGUACGCAGAGGAGGGGCUGUGCCCGGACUGGAAGGCUGAGGUGGAAGAAUUCAGUUUCAUCACUCAGCUGUCCGGCCUGACCGACCACCUCCCGGUGGCCAUGCGGUUGAUGGUGUCUACGGGGGAUGAGGAGGCAUAG